AUGGCGGAUUUAGCCAACACGGACGCCAAUUUCGCCGGCAAAACCCUCGGAGACACUCACUCCGACCGGCAUCCCGACCCAAUUCUACAUUUCCAGCUCGAACCGGGCGUGGAAGCCGACGAUUCCGGCGGGAACUCCCCGCCGCUGUGGAAGAUCGGCGGGCCGAGCCCAUCCCGCCCCCUCCUCGGCCGCCACCGCCGUCUCCGGUCGGACUCCAGGGCGGAUGCCAUCGCCCGGGGGCAAUGGGAGCUGAUGGAGAUGGUGAAGAACAUGCCGGAAGCGUCAUACGAGCUCUCGCUGAAGGACCUUGUUGAGAGCAAUCGGGAAAUCGAAGGAAACGGAUCUGUUGGGGAAAAUCACGGAGUCAAUCCGCAGCAGCGGGCCGCGGCGAGAUCGAAUCGAUCCUCGCCGGAGGAGAGGAGGAAAAUCAGCGGCGAGGGAAAAAUUGGGGGUUUUGAUAACAGGGGGGUGAUUUUGAACACAGGGCUUCCAUUUUCGGCGAGGGGUCCGAAGAGGAAGGUGGCGGUGGUGAAAAAUCACGGCGGCGGUAGGGUUUCGCCGAAGGUCGAUGGGCUGAAGGGUGGUGGUCAUGGUGAGGCGGAUUGGUGGAGGAAGGGGUUUGCUGGGUCGAGCGAUAGUGAUAGCAGCAGGACCAGCGGCGGCGGCGGAAGCAGCAGCAUGACCACCGUGAGCAGCGGCGGCCGGAGCGUCGGUAGCGGCGGUGGAAGCCGCGGCGGUGGCAGGAAAAAUGGAGGUUGCUGGCCUUUUUGCUGGUCAAGAAAAGGCAAAUCAAAACCUGUUUAA